AAGACACACCACAAAAAAUUUUACGAUAAACAUUGAAAUAUUUCAAAAUGUGGAUGUUUUGACGAUAUGAAAAGUUGACUCGAGAGACCAACGCUCCUUGGUAACACAGAUGAUUCCUGAUGAUCAAACGUACUGUCCCCUGACACCCAGAUGGACGCCUUGGCUGGGUAUGAUAGUGAAGGCAGCGAGUCCAAUGAUUCAGCUUUCACGGAGAAACCUCGCCCUUUCCCGUCACAAAAGCAGGUCCCUGUUGUGACUCUGCAGCCACGAGAAAAUCUGCCCCAGUAUACCAGAGAAGGCCAGAAGGCAGCUGCUAGUUCUAGUGGUCUGGAGGCUGAGAUGUCUGACCUACAGCAAGGCCCAGAGCUUAAACCAUGCCUCGGCGAGCCCAGUACUCCGAGUGAAGCUGGCCGGGACAAAAGCAUCCGGCCCUUCUUGUUAGACCAGUGGCCGCUACAGGACAAGUCUGUAACAGACAGACGUCUCUCUGGUGCAUCCCCGGCAUCUGAUCGUAGCCCAUCCCCGAGAAGACAACGGGAAUCGUCGCGGUCAGCAAGUGUGAGUCCACGGAAGUCUCAUUCACCUGUGGAUCAACGAGAGAAGUCUCACAAUAAGAACAGCCCCAGAUACUCCAAGUCUCCCAGUAAAUCCAAGAUGUCAAGGUCUCCUAAAAGGUCUAGAUCACCAAGGAGUUUACCAAAAGUUUCAAGGUCACCAAGACGGUCAAGGACAUCACAGUCACCAUCACCCAGAAGGUCUGUCUCGCCCAGGAAGGGUUAUAAAGGUUCAAGAUCAUCAAGAAGCCCUUCUCCAAAGCGUAAGAGGUCUAGGUCGCCAAAGAAGAAGGCACACAGGAGUAAGGGGUCUCCAGAGGGGAGGCACAGACUGAAAUCUCCGGACAGGAGACGGCGUUCUCGCGACGGGGCACGUGGUUCACGGGACAGUCCAGUUCGGAGGUCGUCUCGAGACUGGGAGAAAGGCAGACCCAAGGACAGGAGGGACUUGCGCAGGUCACCAAACAGGAGACGACGGAGAUCACAUUCAAGGUCACCUCCCAGAGAGGCACGGAGGCGUUCCAAGUCACCAUCUCCAGACAGGAGGCAUUCAUCAUCAAGAUCACCCUCUCCUCACAGAUCAAAAUCAGGGUCAAAGAAGCAUUUAAAAUCAAGAUCCAGGUCGCUCAGCCCAGCUAGAUCCAAGUCACCUCAUCACAGGGGCUCAAAAUCAAGGUCAAGAUCACCCAGAAGGCACUCAAGAUCACCAAACAAGCUAUCAAGAUCUCCUCGUAGAAGGUCACGGUCGCGCUCACCAUUUGUAUGCAAGAGGUCAAGAUCUCCAAGGAGGCGUCAUUCGAGGUCACCCAUACCCAGGAGAGAUCAUCGGAGGUCACCCCCUCGCCGGAGAAGUCCCCACAGGGGCAUGCGUGGUCGCGGGCGGGGACGUGGGCGCCGUCGCAGCCCGGGUCAUCGGGACCGGUCCCGUUCCUCCUCUGGCAGCGCCAGUCCAACCGGUGACCCUGCCCUGGACGCACAGGACGCUCUGCGCAGAAGGCUGGAGCGAGCCAAGAAAAAACAGCAGGAAAAGGCGGAACGAGAAAAGGCUGAAAUGGAGGCUAAACUGGAGAGUGGUGAAGCUGCUGCAGGUGCACCCCCCUCCAUCGCUGGAGUGAACCCCCUUCUGGCGGGACAGCAGGUGACGCCGCAGGAGGCCGUGUGUGCAGCUGCCAGGGCCAUGCAGAUGAAGGUCGCUGCUGAGACAGGCAUACAGGUACCAAGUUACUACAACCCAACUGCAGUGAACCCCAUGAAGUAUGCAGAACAGAUGCAGAAAAGAAAACUGCUCUGGGCUGGCAAGAAGGAGAAGAAAGAGGGUGAUGCUCCUGCGGGUACUGUCUGGGACAAAACCAAGUUCCACGACGAGGCCACGCAGGCGAAGUUCCGCCGACUGAUGGGAAUCCAUGGAGAGGCAUCAGGCAGUGGGGCAAGUCAUGGCCCGGCAGAGGGACCAGACAUCCAACAGGAGCAGGAGAAACUGUUCCGCUCUCUGGAGGCGCAGUACGAGUUUGCACGGGGCACGACUCACACCCAGAAGGGAGUUGGACUCGGCUUUUCUUCCGCACGGCAACCUGGUCCCACGUUAUAACAAAACAGACAGUUGUUACCCAUGUAAAAUGGAGCAGUACUUUAGGCAGAGUGACUACAGCAAUGUUUUCUACUCCUUGUGUUACAUGUUAAAUAAAAUGUGAAGUAAAGUCAGACAUUGAUUAAGUUAUCAGCAACAGACUUGAUCAGAAGUAUUGAAAAGCA